UUUAAAACAUGAAAUAAUUAUGGCGCAUUGUGAGGAGAUCUAUAAAAGUUCAAAGAUUCCUGCACAAUAAGUGCUUCAAUGAUUACAUCUUCAGUUACCUUAGAAGACAGUUCCCUAAUAGAGCCAAGUAUGUCUACAGGCUAGCUCUCUUGUCCAAGAUCAUGCUUGGGGUCGGCUGCAGCCUGAUGGCUGCAGCUAACUUGGACUGAGAUUUGGUAUCCAGCCUGCCGAUGUUCUCUUUGUUCGGAAGUCUUGGCAUUAGUGUUGGCCUAAUGACUAAAUUAUGUAUCAUUGCUGUUCUGAUGUUCUUUGGAUCUUCAUUCAGACAAAUUCUGAGAGGGGUUUAUUAAAUAAAUGUGAG